AUGCCUCUGAAUCCGUCCUAUAAUCACAAAUUAACCCUGAAGUACAUGCGACAGAACCAACCCUUCGAUGAGCUCCCGACCGAAUAUUAUCCUUGUUCGCAGCAGAUGAAAGGCUACCCCCUGCCGAACUUCGUCUACGGCUUUGCAUUCCGCCACAAGAGCGACGACGCCAAACCCACACUCGACAAACUCGACGAAAUGCAGUCCAAGAUUCCUUAUGCUGAACUCCGCGAUAAAACUAUCUGGCGUCCAAUUGGCGCUGUCCUGAAAUAUAUAGCCGACUCUGUUGACGCGGAUGUUUUCCGAGAGAGUCCCCAUUAUAACGACUUGGGGAUUUCGCGCGUUGACCACGAUUAUUCGUGCAACAUUUUUCAGAUUUUCCGCGUGUAUUCGUCGAAGAGGGCACGGACUCCCCAGAAGCCGCUGUGGGUGGAUGAUAUCGCACGCAUAGCAGCCGAGAUUUACAAGGAGCUUGGGUGGGAAGAUGUACCGAAGCCGCAGUGGUACCUCGACACAAGUACCCUCUUGUCUGACGCAGACACCGACUAUAAUAUCGCUCCUAGGUUUCAAUAG